AUGGCUUGCGCGAGCAGCAUGGCACGCUUUCUUUUGGUGCUUUUUCCACUGGCAUGUGCCAAACCCUGGCCUGAAACGAGUGGAGGAUCAGUUGUCGGAACUACGUUGCCCGCCAGUUCCGGUGGUGUUGACGUGGAUCAGUUUCUUGGAAUUCCUUUUGCAACUGCAAAGAGAUUCGAGCCACCAGAGGAUUUUCAUGGGAAGUAUCCAAGCGGCACAGUGAAAGCGUCUAUGUGGGGUCCAGCCUGUAUGCAAGUAGCUGGAGACCCGACACAGACCUACGGAAGUGAGGAUUGCUUGAAGGCCAAUGUGUGGAGCCCGCACCAGGCCUGGGAAGCAGACAAGAAGCUUCCUGUCAUGGUCUUUAUCUAUGGAGGGUCGAACCAGUUUGGGGAAGCCGAGCCAUACAAUAUGAGUGCUUUGGCAGCUUUUCAUAGCGUGGUGUGCGUCUCUUUCAACUAUAGAACUGGGCCACUUGGCUGGAUGGCUUUCCAAGAAGACGUCGACGCCAAGAAAUCAACUGGCAACUGGGGAGUUUUGGACAUUCAGAGCGCAUUGCGAUGGGUCCAGCGCGAAAUCGCAGCCUUUGGAGGUGAUGCGGCGCGAGUCGCGAUCCAUGGGCAAAGUUCGGGUGCAAGCCUGGUGGAACUUCAAUAUGUAGCGCCUCACUCCAAUGGUCUUUUCCGUGGCGCGAUCAGCGAGUCAGGCGGCCUCAGUGCUGGAAGUCUGGCAACAGCCGUGGCAACUUCCACGGCAAUUGCUGGAAGCAUGGGCUGCUUGACUUCCAAACAUGUGGCAAACAAGACCUGCCUGGCAGCGGUGCCAGCAGUGAACCUUACGCGCACGACCUACGUUGCAGGGUGGUCGCCUACAUCAGAUGGCGUCACCUUCCCCCUAGCACCAGAGGAGUUGCUGCGAAAAGGAAUGGUCAAUGACGCCACCAUAGUCCUCGGAGCCCAGACCAACGACAGCAAUCUCUUCCUGUUCCGCAGCCAUACCAAGGACGGCUUGGAUCAACCUAAUGAUCAUCCUGAUGGAGCCCUGAAGCCUCUCUCCGUGAUGGCAUACGGUGCAGAAGUCCUUACGCGGGUCGGUCCUAAAUUUGUGAAGCAGGCCCUGAAACUGUAUCCCGCAGACUCCAAGGAUGGUAUCAAGAAUGUGCACCAGCUUGGUAACGUGGAGUCUGACCAGAUGCUGUGCGGCAUCCGGCGGCGGGCUUCCUGGUUCAACCAAGCGCGGCCGGGAUUUGCUUUUGCUUAUCGGUUUGACUACUGGUACACUGGCAAUUCCAACUGCACUGCGGUACCCAACUUUCAUUUGCCAUAUCUUGGAGCUGCACAUCAGGAUGAGGUUACUUUUGUACUUGGCCAGCCGAACUUCAUGGAGGAUGGUAGCUGCUGUGGCAUUUGGGGCUUGACCACCCCAGAUUGCCCCCAUCUGGAGCGUUGUGAAGCAUGCUAUGCCCCCAGUCGCUUUGGUCACGAGGGCUACCGAGCAUACUUCAAUGACAAGGAGUGGGAUUUUGCACAGACCGUGGGCACUUUUUGGACCAAUGUGGCUGGGAGUGGCGAUCCAAACUGCCGAGAUUCUCCCAUCUGCGGCACUCGUCUCUGGCCAAAGUUUGAAAGUGGGGAAGUCACUCAGAACAUUGUCCUGAACGCUUCUCUUCCUGGUGGCGCCACGGCUGAAGCAACUCCACAUGGUCGACCUGAGCUUUGUGCCUUUUGGGAUGCAGUGGAAGAGGCAAAGAGGCCCAGUGCCACUGGCACAGUCUACGCGUGA